UUCACUUGGAUGACAUACCCACCGCCUUAGUUUAACCCUUCAUAAACCACACUCUUCCUGCCUCUUCGUACAUAUCCAUUCUUCAUCUCUAUCAUCUCAGUUCUUGAAAAACUCUCUCUUUUACAAUGGCGGAGAAACAAGAACAAGAGGCUUUGAAGAAUCUCGACAACGAGUCUAAACCAUCUUUUGUCGAGGUAGUGUGCAAGAGCUCUGGGAAAGUGAGAAGGUUUGCAGCUGGAACUGAUGCUGGUUUUGCAGUGAGUCUCAUUAACAAAAAGCUGCUUCUUGAUAAUAUAUCUGCUAAGAGCAGCAGGAGCAGCCCUCAGCUUGCGUCACAUAUAGAAGCUGUUAAACCCGGCCAUGAUUCUGAGGAGCCGAUCAGUUUUGGCCCUACUGCAUCUCUUGUGAACUAUGGUUCUCCUUGGAUUUUACAGACUGUUGUUACUCAACCACACAAACCAAAAAGAACUGUUGAGGGCACUGAAGGCUCUUGUUCUGAAAAGAAGGAAUCACAGCCACUUGGUCAUUUGUGCAUUGGGAAGAUAGCGCUUGCUCUUCUUAUAGUUUUUGUGAUCUGGAAGAUAUUUCUGCAAUUUCUUCAGAACCUUCCCCUGCUGCUCUUGUAUAUUCACAACGGCAUGUGACUCUUCGGUCUAUAUAUCAUUUCAUGUUUUAAACUUCUAGUAGUAUCUAGGCUGAACUUAAUAAUACAAGUUCUUUAUCCAAUCAUGGCUAGUUUUGAUUUGCUUUUGUGUAAAAGAUGAAAAAGAGAUUGCUUUACUCAAUUGAAUUUUCAUACAAGACUGAA